GUGGGCGGGGCCUGUGGGGUGCGCAGCCAAUAGGGAGCGAGGGCGCGCGGCGGGCUCGGCACCCGCCCGGAACCGAUUCGAUCCCGGUUCGAUCCCAGUGAGGUCCCGGUUCGAUCCCAUUUCGAUCCCGGCGUGAUCCCGGUCGGAUCUCGGUUCCAUCCCGGUACCAUCCCGGUCCGAUCCCGGUGCGAUCCCGGUCCGAUCCCGGUUCGGGAUCAUGGAGCCGGCCGAGGUGGAGUUCCUGGCCGAGAAGGAGCUGGUGACCAUCGUGCCCAACUUCAGCCUGGACCGGAUUCACCUGAUCGGGGGAGAUCUGGGUCCCUUCAAUCCUGGUUUGCCAGUGGAAGUGCCUGUGUGGUUGGCCAUUAAUCUGAAGCAGAGGCAGAAGUGUCGGCUCAUCCCCCCAGAAUGGAUGGAUGUUGGGAAACUGGAGGAAAUCCGGGAUCAGGAGCGGAAAGAGGACACCUUCACUCCAAUGCCCAGCCCCUACUACAUGGAGCUCACCAAGCUGCUGCUGAACUAUGCCUCUGACAACAUCCCCAGGGCAGACGAGAUCCGGACGCUGGUGAAGGACACGUGGGACACGCGCGUGGCCAAGCUGCGCCUGUCGGCCGACAGCUUCGUGCGCCAGCAGGAGGCUCACGCCAAGCUGGAUAAUUUAACCCUGAUGGAGAUCAACACCACCGGGACUUUCCUUACCCAAGCCUUGGAUCACAUGUACAAGCUCCGGACUAACCUCCAGCCUGGAGAGAGCUCCGACUCCCAGGAUUUCUGACAGGGAGCUGGGAAAGAGCUGGAGCAGCUCCCACCUCCCUGCAGGGACCUCCCAGCCCUCAAAUCUCCCCUCAGGGCUGGGUGGGAAUUGCUCCGGAGCAUCCCAGAGCCUCGCUGGGUGGAUCUCUCAGGUUGUACUUCAGCAAGGGAACUUCUGAGGGCAGCACAGGCCACACACUGCCUUGAAAGCCAUAAAUUUUGAGGCGGUGCUUCCAUGGAUUUUCUCAGAGCCUUGGGGGAAAAAAAAAAAAAAAAAAAAAAAAAAAGGAAAAAAAAAAAGGAAGAUGUGCUGGCAAUGAGGUGUCUGCUGGGGAGAUCAGCUGGGAAGCAGAUCCAUCUGCUCUUUGGAGAAGGACAAAAGAAAAUGGUUUUCCCUCUCAGAUACCAGGCUGUGGGGAAAUACCAGAAUAUCAUCCAUCUUUAUUUUUGUAAUGUUUGGGGUUUUACUCUGAAACUCGUCUGUAAAAAAUAACGUAAUAAAAAAAAUAAUCGCAGCUGAAGAGCAGCAUCAAAUUAAUCUUGGGCUGUGUCACAAGCAGUGCUUGGAAAAUCCUGCAGCUCUCCUUUGGCUCUGGCCCCGUUUCCUGCAGUAGUGACAGGCAAGGAAGGGCAGGA